AUGGCUCUUCCUGCAGUAAACCAGUUUCUUUCGUUAUAUCACGUUGCCCUCCCGUUUGAUUCACAAAUUUCCUACUCCAUCACAAUAGUUAUAGAAAAGGAAAACGUCGAUGGUUUACACACGGAUGGGCUGAAAUUGAGUGAUCUAGAUUGGAAAGGCAUCAAUGCAUCGAAAUAUGUUUGGACAGUGAUAAAUCUACCAGAUCUAAGCAAGGUUGCAAUAUAUCACACUUCUUCCUCGGUAAAGUUCGGUCUCAUUGUGUUUGGAUGGAACUAUAAAUCUUCAUUUGGUUACCCUGGUGGCUAUGAUUUAAACCCUCUAUCACAUGGACCAUCGCCAGGUAAGCCUAGAAACGUUUCAGUGGCUGUUGAUAGAAGCAUUAUGAUCGUUAAAUUGUUGCCAACGGAAGUUUUUGCUGGUCAUGCUAAUCACUACUUAGUGUCUUUGAGAAAAAAUGGAAGCGAUACUUUUGGGAAACCACAGGUUGCAACCAGUCCGUUUAUCCACGAUUUUGGCAAUGAAUCUGGAGUGUACACUGUGAAAAUCGAGGCUGUUGAUAUUGGCAUUGUUGGUGAAGCUGCUUACUAUUACAAUAUAACAAUACAGAGUGAAAUUACCCAGGAAUCUAUUACCCCUGAAGCUAAGACGUCUCAGUGCAAUAUGCCUGCUAUUGCAGGAGGAUUAGCCGGAACCGUUACAUUCGUUGGUCUUGCAGUGAUUAUUUAUCUUUUCUUAAUGCAAAGACGAAAUAAAGGAAGUCAAAUUCAAAUGACCUCAGAAUAUCAAUCCCGCCAGGAAAGUGAACAUACUACACAAGAUGGGUUCGUUAAUUUUGGGGAAAUAAACGAAUAUAACGUACCUCUGCCUGGCGAAAUUUCGUACAUUACGAUCUUAAAAGACUGGGAAAUCUGCCCAGACCGUUUGCAGAUUUUGGACGAGACACUUGGAUCAGGACAAUUUGGCAUCGUAAAGCUAGGGUUAUACACGUCUCUUCUGGAAGGACACAAUAAGGUUGCUGUCAAAAUGUUAAAAGAAAACGCCACGGAACUUGAUCUAUCAGAUCUGAUAACUGAGUUAGAAACCUUGAAAAGAAUUAACAACGACCUACACCCAAAUAUUGUAAGAUUGAUCGGAUGUUGUUUUUCGAAAGGGAAACUAAUGGUUGUAACAGAGUACUGCUCUCCAGGUAAUCUGCAAACCUUUCUCAGAAAAAGUAAAGUCGGUGACAACUCCACUACAUCUGACUUGCGAAAUGUUCAACUGAUAUCGACUGUAAGUGGUCGUGAACUAUUGAAAAUGGGUUUGGAUGUAGCAAGUGGAAUGGUACAUCUUUCCGAUCUGAAGUUUGUUCAUCGUGAUUUGGCUGCAAGAAAUAUUCUCCUUAGCUGUGAUGUGGCAAAAAUUUCAGACUUCGGGCUGACAAGGGACAUCGCAAAUGUUGAGGAAUACAUACGAACAAACCAGGAUCUACUACCUAUUAAAUGGAUGGCUUUGGAAAGUUUACUUUAUGGUCGCUUCACAGUUGCUAGUGAUGUAUGGAGUUUUGGCGUUUUUCUGUAUGAAUUGGUAACUUUAGGUGGGGAACCAUACAGCGAGAUAUCUCCGCUUGAAAUGCAAAAUCAUAUCAAUCGUGGUUGCCGAUUCCCGAAACCUUUUAAUUGCUCAAAUGAAUUAUAUGAAAUAAUGAUGAACUGUUGGCGCGAUCAUGAAAAAAUGCGACCAAAUUUCUCGGAAAUACGACAACAUCUUCAUGACAUGUUAACCGAUAACCAAAAAUCGUAUAUCAAUUUGCAUCAAGUAAAAGGCGAAGACUUGCGAAGAAAGAUUAAUAUCUAA